AUGUGGUCCAUUGUCCGCCAUGUUUUCACACUUGGCUUGGUAGCCACCACGCUGCCUGCCGUAUCGAGCUAUGCUACCAGCAAAUCAGCGAAACUGCGCACGGUCGUCACAACCGACAUGGAGCAAGACGACCUGGCCUCACUCAUCCGAUACCUCCUUUAUACAAACGACCUCGAUACGCAGGGCAUCAUCUAUAGCUCUAGCGUAUGGCACUGGGCCGGCAAUGGCAACGGCACAUCGUUGCGCUGGACCGGCACCCGGACCAUCGAGGACAUAGUCCUUAAGGCUUACGCAGAGGUUUAUCCGAAUCUUCGUUGCCAUGAUCCAUCUUAUCCGACCCCAAAGGAGCUGCUGUCCACGGUCAGAAUUGGCAACAUCGACUUUGAGGGUGAGAUGGAUAAGGACACCGCUGGCUCUGAUCUCAUCAAAGAGCUCUUGCUGGACGAUGAUCCCCGAAAGCUUUACUUGCAGGCCUGGGGUGGCACCAACACCAUCGCCCGUGCUCUCAAGUCAAUCGAGGACCGGUAUUCCAAAUCACGCAACUGGGCGCGUAUCAAGGAAACUAUCUCCCGCAAAGCUGUCAUCAUGGCUAGUGGCUUCCAGGACGAUACGUACGUUGAGUAUAUCGCUGCGCACUGGCCCCAAAUCCGCGUCGAGGAGCUUUCAGCUGGCUACGACCUCUGGGCAUACAACUGCAACAAAGGCCAGGGUAAUGUCCGCGGCUUGCCCAACGACAACUUGUAUUUCACCGGUGAAUGGAUCAGACCAAACAUCGAAAUGGGACCGUAUGGAAGACUCUACCGCGCCUGGCUCGACGGCCAGUCCAUGCCGGGCGAUCCAGAGGACAUUUUCGGCAAUGCAACGGCAGCAGUCACUAGCUGGUGUAAUCCACUCGACCCAUACGACUUCCUUUCCGAGGGUGAUAAUGUGGCUUUCAACCCAUUGUUGACCACUGGCCUCCAAGAACCAACCAAUCCGAAGCUCGGUGGCUGGGGCGGCCGAGCCAAGCAAAACUCUACAUCUCCAGAUCUGUGGGUGAUGGCUGAAACUGAGGCCGGUCAAAAUGGCACCGAAGUGGGCUUGUACACCAUGAGCCGUUGGAUAGCGCCAAUUCAGAACGACUUUGCGGCCCGCAUGCAGUGGACAGUGAAAUUGAAGUACAGCGACGGAAACCAUGCGCCCUCUGUUGAGAUUUUGAAUGUUGGUUCAGUGAAGGGGUAUCCUGGGGCUACGGUAAAUCUGGCUGGUGCAGUUCACGAUCCAGAUGAUGACAACGUCCACACUUCCUGGUGGCAGUAUCUGGAGGAAGGUACAUACCCCGGUACCGUGGCUGUGGCUGCUCAGGGGAAGAACCGAGCGAGUGUGACGAUUCCAGCUGACGCAAAGCGCGGUCAGACUAUUUCGAUCAUUCUGGAGGGAACCGAUGAUGGGCUGUUUCCUUUGACUCGCUAUGACCGUGUUUUUAUCAAAGUCCUUUAA